ACGGUUGGGUCCCCAGGGAUUUCGACUUAAUGAAAGAUGGCGAGCCACCAGGGUUAGCAAAAAUAAACAAUACGUCACACCUCUGGGCCGUUCGCCCUAAUACCACCAUUUCUCAAUAUGUCUAUACCUUUCUCCCUGAAAUCUUCAGUCAUCUCUUUGAUUUCAAACUGAAUAUGCCGACUACAUGCUGUGACCAAGUUAAUAUGUACCAUCAUGUGUGCCAGUGUGAAAAUGAAAAUAGUAACAACUAUUGUAACAAUCUUACGAAAAACAUUAAAAGAUGCCCUCACGACUACAAAGACUGUUAUUGUAAAGUGACUGAGGGUGGUAAUACAUGUGUGUGGUUACCUUUUCUCCGAGCGGAACAGAAACUGAACACAACUAACGGCACUCUAUUGAACAAGCCUAGGUGUUCGUCCAUCGGUUAUGAUAGUGCACAAGUUUGCGACAAGGCCCCCCAAUCUUGCAUCAGAGUCCAGAAGACUGUGGUUCCUUUUGGCACAUCCUUCAAUUUGUCUUGCCAGAUUGAAGCCCACACAGACAUCAUGGGACAAGUCGUUUAUGAGUGGCAGAGAGACAACGAGACCCUGAAGUACAAAACGGGGCGUAUCUUACAAAUAGAUGACUUUAAUCUGACCGACGUGGGAAGCUACUCGUGCCGUGUGAGUCAUAACGGUACAUUCUCUCACCCCCCAGUCCGCCUUGAAACAAACAUCCCCCCUCCAGUCCUGACUGUCAUGGGGAAGGUCUGCGUAGAGAACGGGACAAUCUUUGUGAAAUCUGAAGACAGGGUACAACUGAAAUGUUCUUCGCAGUAUGGUGAAGAGUUUUUGUGGUGGUAUCGGGCUAAUGAAAGUUCCUCAGAAAAUGUCUGUAAAUCGCCAAGCUUGGAGCAGAACCAGGCUAAUGGAAAUGCCGAUGAGGCGUUGUGUAAGUCUCACAGCUUGAACGAAAGCCAGUACAAGACUGUGCUUUUGAACGACCUUUAUUCAAAUAAGGAAGGAUUGUACCGAUGCCAAGUACGUGUGGGGAGCAUCAGUUCUAAGCCAAGCAACGGACUGGCGAUAAUCCGAGUUGGAAACACCACCACCAACGUCUCAGAGGCUGAAAUAGAAAAUUACAAGGCGAGCCUGAUAAAAAAUCUGACCGUUGACAAAAAGCAGCUGUCGUCUACUAUAAGGAAGCGCACAUCCGCCCCGGAUCCACGAAUGUCCAGUGCCACUGCCGGGGUGGUGGCGAUCUUGUUCCUUACCCUUGUUUUCGGCGGUAUAUUUGUAAGCGAUGCCAUUACUUUCGUGAAAUUUUUGCUGCGUAGACAUCGUCAGUGCAGACGAAAGAGGCAAGUGAAAGCAGAAGACCAGCAAAUGCAGCAGGAGGAGCAGCCUCAGAAAACUGUUUCUCCCUAAAUUGCGGUGUUUGGAACACACUUUAGUAAUCGUUAUCCCAAUAGGAAACAAAGAAAGAUAAAAAAUAAACAAACAAAAAACAACAAAAAACACA